GUGACAGGAUGCAAAAGCCCAUUAGAGGUAGGACAUAAAAUAAAUGUAUGAGUUGGUAAUAAGAGAUAGGUAAAGAGGCCACAGAGUAUGACAGAAUGUCUUCUGCAGCUACUGAAGUGUGUUGGACAAAAUGAGGGCUCUCUGCUAUUCGUGCAUUUUGUGAAAAUGCCCUGUAUUUUUAGCAUUUUGUGGAAUGAAAAUUUUAUGUGCUAUUAAAUGUUGCCGGCAAAUGGUGGGAGACCAGUAAACUUAAACACACUUCAACUUUCCCUGCUUUGGUUUUCUUUGCUGUUACUUAGUAACAUCAGAGAGAUUUUACUACAGACUUUUCUUUUUCCUAUGGAAAAACGUUGACUCUGCCACUUCUUCAGUCUGUAUUUAUGCCAAACAGCACAUUUGGUAAAGGAAGGGAAAGUGGUCCUGUUCUCUGCUUGACAGACCAAAGAGAAAUGCUUUUAACAGCUAUAAAAAAAAUUGUAAAAAAACGAGUUUAUAAAUUAAAGCCCCAGAAGGAGAUCUUUAUCAAAGCCCUCUAUUGACACAGACACAUCACUCGAGCAUGGCCAGAAUACUGAAACAGCUUUCAUUAACAUUGCCAGUGUGUGGCACACGCUGCUCCACCCCAGGGCCACAAGAAGGAAUGCCAUGCAAAGCUGAAGCUCUCCCAUGGACAGUUCAGCUGCAUCCUUGGACACAAAGCUGCUGAGCUGCUUCCCUGCCACUGCUGAACCUGAGGCAUGCAGGGGCUGCAGCAGGGUUGGAUGCUGGGACAGCAGUGGGGGGAUCCUGCUCCCAUCCCGAGCUGCUGCUGUGGUCUGGGGCUCAAACACACUCCAGAGCAGGUUAGUGCAGGGACAGCACACACAGCUGCCCUGGGAGCACACAGGAGUGGGGAACGCCAUCCAGACACCCCUGGGAGCACACAGGAGUGGGGAAUGCCAUCCAGAUACCCUGGGAGCACACAGGAGUGGGGAAUGCCAUCCAGACACCCCUGGGAGCACACAGGAGUGGGGAAUGCCAUCCAGAUACCCUGGGAGCACACAGGAGUGGGGAAUGCCAUCCAGAUAUGCUGGGAGCACACUGGGAGUGGGGAAUGCCAUCCAGAUACCCCUGGGAGCACACAGGAGUGGGGAAUGCCAUCCAGACACCCCUGGGAGCACACUGGGAGUGGGGAAUGCCAUCCAGACACCCCUGGGAGCACACAGGAGUGGGGAAUGCCAUCCAGAUACCCUGGGAGCACACAGGAGUGAGGAAUGCCAUCCAGACCCCUGGGAGCACACAGGAGUGGGGAAUGCCAUCCAGAUAUGCUGGGAGCACACUGGGAGUGGGGAAUGCCAUUCAGAUACCCCUGGGAGCACACAGGAGUGGGGAAUGCCAUCCAGCCAUCCCUGGGAGCACACAGGAGUGGGGAACGCCAUUCAGAUACCCCUGGGAGCACACAGGAGUGGGGAAUGCCAUCCAGACACCCCUGGACGACUCUGCCCAGCGCUCAGGAAUUUGAAGCAGAUGUCUGCUCCUGGCAUUUUUCCUGGACUUGAACAAGGCUGUGUUCAACACAGCUGCUCCAAAGGGUCAUAGUUUCCCAUUUCUAUUACAAAACAUUCCAGAGUCUAAAUUUAGGGGUGUCAUUUUGGAGUAAUACACAUCUGAAAAGAAAUAUUUCUAACAAAUUAGUAUUUUCUUCUCCCACUUUGCUCCAUACAACAGGAACCAGGUAAUGGUCAUCAAAAGCAGGAUGGAAGGUUUUCACCAGAACUGGUGGUACAUUUUCAGCAAGUACAGAGCUAAAGGUGCCUGGAAAGGAGAGGCUGGGGCCUUCAGCAAAGUCACUGUGGUUGCUUCUAUCAUAAAUACAGCACCUACACCACUUAAACAAACACACCAAAUCUAAAAUAAUCAGAUUCUAAAAAACAGCAGAAGUCAGACCUCUUAAAAACCCACAGUAGAUGCCCCUUACUGAAAAGUCAUCCCCUAACUAUUAACUAUAAACAUAAACCAUCAAACACAUUCUGCUGCUUCUGAGCAGCUAAAUGGUACAAAGUGCAUCCCCAGGGCUGCUGUGCACAGUGUGCUUCACAAGGCAAGUGCCAACAUCCCAAUAAAUUAUUUAACACUAGUAUUAUGUAGUGGUGAAAGCCAAGCAGAGAGCUUCAGCAAAGCACCAUUUACUGAUCCCUUCUCUGUUUGGAGUGCAGGGGAAGCAAUCUGUUGGCAGCUUAGUCAUCCUCCUGUUUUCCCCCUGGCAUACACGUGCAAUUCUUUCUUCCCAAAAUCUGGGGGCAAAAUUUGUUUUCUUUUAAAAAGCAACCAAAAACCAGAAAACAAAAUCAAACCAACCAAACGUGGUGCCCAGGAGCUGCCUGCAUGCAAUACCACGGCUGGAGUUUCAUCUGUGGUGCAAACAUUGGCAAUGUCAGGACUAAUCAGUUCAGUGACCCAACAAGAGGCAGAGGGAAGCUGGGUCAUUCUGUUCCUCGCCCAAUAUUAAUAUUACAUAAAUACUGUCUUUAUUUGCAGUUCCAUUCAUACAUCCCAGCAGUGCUGCCCAUUCACAGGAUGCUGAGCCAAGUGAGCAGGCUGAUGCUGUGCAGAGUUGUCUUUCUGCAGCCCCGAGCAGACAGGAGGCUCAGUU